GAGGCAUUGCCACAAAUUCCAUAAAGCUCUCCCAUUUUUGUAUCACCUCAGCUAGCUCUCUAGCUUCCAUGGCAACCCACAAAAAUACCAUCCAUAUCCCCUUCUUGCUUGAGAAGAUGGAUGUUGUGCUUGUUAAACCUGCAAAACCCACUCCUUCUGAGGUCCUUUCUUUCUCUACCAUUGACAAUGACCCCAAUCUUGAGAUCAUUUGCCAAACCAUUUAUGCGUACAAAGCAAAGAGAUUUUCCUCUAGUGAUGAUAAUGGUCAUGAUCUAGCUUCCUCGAACGGGAAAACCCAUGAUCUGGAUUCUUGUGACCCAGCUAGUGUAAUCAGUGACGCCCUCUCCAGAGUGUUAGUUUAUUACUAUCCUCUAGCUGGGAAGCUCAAGAGGCACAGUGAUGGAGAACUUAGACUCAACUGCAAUGCUGCUGGGGUGCCUUUUCUAGUGGCAACAGCCAAUUGCGAGCUUUCUUCCCUCUGUUAUUUAGAUGGGAUUACUGUCGAACUUGCUAAACCCUUUGUGUUUGAUUGGCCAGGCGAUGGUGGCGAUGGUAGACACCCUCUGGUGCUGCAGGUGACUAAGUUUUCUUGUGGGGGUUUCACAAUUGGAAUGGGCAUAUCCCACUCAGUCUGUGAUGGGUUCGGUGCUGCUCAAUUCUUCCGUGCCUUGGCUGAGCUUGCAAGCGGAAAGAGCGAGCCAACUGUGAAACCAGUGUGGGAGAGGGAGAGGUUAGUGGGAACACCCAGAAAAAACCCCUUCCAAAUCCCUAUAGAUGAGGCUUCUUUAGCAACUUCACCACACUUGCCACCCACUGAAAUUGUGCAUGACUGCUUCAACGUGAAUAGUGAGAGUAUCAAAAGACUCAAAACUAGCUUGAUGAAACAAUGUGGGGAUGAAGCUCCCAAAGAGGGUUUCACCACCAUUGAAGCCCUCGGUGCCUAUGUUUGGAGAUCUAGGUUUAGAGCCUUAGAAUUGAACUCAGAUGGAACAACCCUCUUCUCCAUGACUGUGGGGUAUAGACGCCUUCUCAAUCCCCCUCUGCCUGAUGGGUAUUACGGGAAUGCUUUUGGUGCUGCAAAUGCCACAACAAUGGGGAAGGAUCUCAAUAAAGGACCUCUCUCAAGGGUUUCCAAACUGAUCAAAGAAAGCAAGAAGAUUGCUUGUAGCUCUGACUACAUUAGGAACUCAAUAGACAUGCUGGAGUUCAUGAGACGACAAAAUACAAAGUUCGAAACCAACGACGCAACCGUGGUUUUAACAGACUGGCGAAGACUGGGUCUAGUUGAAGAAGUAGAUUUCGGGUGGAAGGAGCCUGUGAACAUGAUACCGGUGCCAUGGAACAUGUUCAACUACGUGGGUUUAUGUAUUCUCACUUCUCCUUCCAGUCUGGAUCCUGCAAUGAAAGGUGGGGUGAGGGUCCUUGUUUCCCUUCCUGCAGCUGCCAUACCCAAGUUCAAGGAAGAGAUGAAUGCCCUCAGUCUUGGAGAUGACAAGGCUUUAGCUUGACACUCAAAACAAACAUAUAUUUCUCGAUCAAGUACUGAAAGAAUUAAUCCUUGGGCCUGUUCGUAACUAUGCCACUGAAUGUUGAGUGUUGUGUUUUUUAAUAAUCUCUGCUGCCUUCUGUGUAUUUAUGAACUGUAAAUAAUUGGUUGAGUGCAAUAUGUAAAACUCUUCCCUGCUUUCCCCCAUUUUUUAA